UUGUGCGCUGUGAGGGAAGCUCAGUCAAGCUCCGCGUUGGCGACAUGAAUGCAGUGACCUAUGAUGAUGUGUGUGUGAACUUCACCCGAGAAGAGUGGGCUUUGCUAGAUCCUUUCCAGAAGAGUCUCUACAAAGAUGUUAUGGGAGAGACCUACAGGAACCUCAUAGCUAUAGGCUACAAUUGGGAAGACCAUAAUAUUGAAGAACAUUGUCAAAGUUCUAGAAGAAAUGGAAGGCAUGAAAGAACUUAUACUGGAGAGAAACCCUAUGAAUGUAAUCAGUGUGGCAAAGUCUUUGCACAUCACAGUGAUAUUCAAAGGCAUAAAAGAGUUCAUACUGGAGAGAAACCCUACAAAUGUAAUCAAUGCGAUAAAGCCUUCUCACAACACAGUCAUCUCCAAAUACAUAACAGAACACACACUGGAGAGAAACCCUACAAAUGUAGCCAAUGCGAUAAAGCCUUUUCACUACAUGGUAAUCUCCAAAUACAUAAAAGAACACACACUGGAGAGAAACCCUAUAAAUGUAAUCAAUGUGGUAAAGCCUUCUCACAACACAGUCAUCUCCAAAUACAUAAAAGAAUACAUACUGGAGAGAAAUCCUUCAAAUGUAAUCUAUGUGGUAGAGCCUUUUCAGAACAAAGUAGUCUCCAAAUACAUAAAAGAACACAUACUGGAGAGAAACCCUACAAAUGCAAUCAAUGUGAGAAAGCCUUUUUAAAACACAUUCAUCUCCAAAUACAUAACAGAACACACAGUGGAGAGAAACCCUAUAAAUGCAAUCAAUGUGAUAAAGCUUUUUCGUUACAUGGUAAUCUCCAAAUUCAUAACAGAACACACACUGGAGAGAAACCCUACAGAUGUAAUCAAUGUGAUAAAGCCUUCUCACAACACAGUAAUCUCCGAAUACAUGAACGAACACACACUGGGGAGAAACCUUACAAGUGCAAUCAGUGUGAUAAAGCCUUUUCAGUACACUGUAAUCUCCAAAUACAUGAACGAACACACACUGGAGAGAAACCCUACAGAUGUAAUCAGUGUGGUAAAGCCUUUUCAAAACACACUUCUCUCCAAAUACACAUAAGAACACACACUGGAGAGAAACCCUACAGAUGCAAUCAGUGUGAGAAAGCCUUUGUAUAUCGCCGUGAUCUUCAAAGGCAUGAAAGAAUUCAUACACCCUACAAUCAUUACCAAAGUGUCCAUGCCUUUUACAACACAGUUGUCUCUGAAUACAGAACACACACUGGAGAGAAACCUUAUGAAUGUAAUCAAGGUGAUAAAGCAUUUUCACGGCGCAGUCAUCUCCAGAUACAUAAGAGAACACACACUGGAGAGAAACCUUAUGAAUGUAAUCAAGGUGAUAAAGCCUUUGCUUGUCCCGGUGGUCUUCAAAGGCACGAAAGAAGCCAUACUGGAGCAGACACCCUGUGA